AUGAAAGCUGUCGUUAUUUUCUCAUUGUUUAUUGCUGCCACUAUGGCCAACUAUGGAGGUCAUUCAUACGGAGAAAAUCCUCAUGAAGGAAGAUAUCAUGGAAGACGUCACUACUUCAAUAAUUUCGUCCUUGCAAGGCAUGAAAAGUCUUUUCUUCAUCGUAUUCACUUAGAAUGUCAAGAGGAGAGUUCAUGUGAAUUGGAAUAUAUACAAGAUCCAUUCCAGAACGAGGAUUAUGAACCUUUGGGAGAUUAUAUGUUGUGCCUGGCCAAGAAAUACGGAUUCAUGGGUAGACACGGACAAUUGAAGUUCGAGAACUUGAGAUAUAAGCUUGGAAUGAUCUGCGGUGAAGAAGAUCCUGAGUUUUACAUCAACACUUGCGCCGUCCCUGCUGACUAUCCCGUCAGCACGGCCUUUGGUCUAUGGAAAUGUCUAGAUAAUCAUGGUUUUCAUUUUCUGAAGGAAUGCUUAUAG